CCGUUUGACACCACAGACUUUUGACACUGACUCAGGUGACGACGACAAAGUUAUUAUUUUAGUGCAAAAAUGGAUAUUUUGUGUAAAUUUUCAUAGAACUUUUCCUUAAAUUGUACCGGAAUAGCUAGAAAGUCUAUCAACAAUGUCGUCUUCGGCUAUUUAUAUACUGGAUAUAAAGGGCAAAGUCCUGAUAUCUAGAAACUAUAGAGGUGAUAUCGAUAUGAGUGUGAUUGAGAAGUUUAUGCCCCUGCUGAUGGAGAAGGAGGAGGAAGGCCUGCUGACCCCCAUUCUACAAACCACCGAGUGCACUUUUGGUUACAUCAAAACCAAUAACUUGUAUAUCGUCAGCACGACAAAAAAGAAUGCAAACAUUGCCCUUGUUUUUGUUUUUUUGCAUAAAAUUGUGCAAGUUAUGACUGAAUAUUUCAAAGAGCUUGAAGAGGAGAGCAUACGAGAUAAUUUCGUUGUGAUUUAUGAACUGUUGGACGAGUUAAUCGACUUUGGAUACCCGCAGACUACCGAUAGCAAGAUUCUACAAGAAUAUAUCACGCAAGAAGGACAUAAGUUGGAAAUCCAGGUUCGGAUUCCAGUGGCUGUAACCAAUGCAGUAUCCUGGCGAUCGGAAGGCAUAAAGUAUAGGAAAAACGAAGUUUUCCUGGAUGUUAUUGAAUCAGUUAAUCUGCUUGCUAAUGCCAAUGGAAACGUCCUAAGAAGUGAGAUAGUGGGUGCUAUAAAAAUGAGAGUCUAUUUAUCUGGAAUGCCUGAACUUCGAUUGGGAUUAAACGACAAAGUCCUGUUUGAAAGCACCGGCAGAGGCAAAUCCAAGUCUGUAGAACUAGAAGACGUGAAGUUCCAUCAGUGUGUACGACUGUCUAGAUUUGAAAUCGACAGAACCAUUUCCUUCAUACCUCCAGAUGGCGAAUUCGAGUUAAUGUCCUACCGUUUAAACACCCAUGUCAAACCCCUCAUAUGGAUCGAAUCAGUAAUCGAGCGGCAUGCUCACAGCAGAGUCGAGUACAUGAUCAAAGCUAAAUCUCAAUUUAAAAGACGAUCGACAGCUAAUAAUGUGGAAAUAGUCAUUCCAGUUCCCCAGGACGCCGAUUCUCCUAAGUUUAAAACAACCAUAGGCAGUGUCAAGUAUGCUCCGGAACAAAAUGCAAUUACAUGGACUAUCAAAUCAUUCCCAGGAGGUAAAGAAUACCUGAUGAGAGCGCACUUCGGACUGCCCAGCGUCGAGUGUGAAGAUACAGAAGGCAAACCGCCCAUUCAGGUGAAGUUCGAAAUUCCCUACUUCACCACAUCCGGUAUUCAAGUUCGAUAUUUGAAAAUCAUCGAAAAAAGCGGUUAUCAAGCCCUUCCUUGGGUGAGGUACAUCACGCAGAACGGCGACUAUCAACUCCGAACCAAUUAAUAAGCGCACGUAUAAAAGUAUUUUAGUUUUCUGCAAAUAUACAUUUUCGUUGUUAAUAAGUAUUAAUUGCUGAAGUAUUGGAAUAAAUGGAUUUUAGGGAUUUUCGCAAUUGGAGGCAAACAUGAAAGGUGUAUUUUCAUAACUUUAUUGUGCAAUAAGUUAAUAAUUCAUAAAUCAACAGAUUAAAAAAAUACAUAAAUAUCAGAAUAUCAUUAUAUAAAUACUAUUAGUAUCAUAUAUGAAUUUUGUCUACAGAGCCUUUUUUAUUAUUUGGCAACAAAUCACAAAUUAGAAUAUCUUACUCUAAAUAAUUUUCUUAAUUGCUACCACUUCAUAUCACAUUGAAUUGUAAUGCUACUAGGCACCAUAGAAUACCACCUUGGCUGAUUGCAGCAUUAACAGGAAUACAUUUUGAAAGUUUUAUGUAAUAUGGAAAUAACAGCGUAAUAUAAUCUAAUCGCGCAUUGUUACGUA